GAAGGCGGGCACGUGGACAGCCCUUUUCUGCCGCCUGCCUGGCUUCGUUCUUCGUCUCUGCUUCGAGCGCAGCCGUCGCCAUGGUGAAGGAGCAGUUCCGCGAGACGGACGUGGCGAAGAAGAUAAGCCACAUCUGUUUUGGGAUGAAAUCUCCUCAAGAAAUGAGGCAGCAGGCUCACAUCCAGGUGGUUAGUAAAAAUCUGUACAGUCAAGAUAACAAUCAUUCUCCUCUACCAUAUGGUGUUCUUGAUCAUCGAAUGGGUACAAGUGAAAAAGAUCGUCCAUGUGAAACCUGUGGAAAAAAUCUGGCAGAGUGCUUGGGACAUUAUGGAUACAUUGACCUAGAGUUGCCUUGUUUCCAUGUGGGAUAUUUCAAAGCUGUGAUAGGCAUUUUGCAGAUGAUUUGCAAGACUUGUUGCCAUAUUAUGCUAACAGUUGAAGAGCAGAAACAAUUUUUAGAUUACCUGAAGAGACCUGGCUUGACCUACCUUCAAAAACGAGGUUUAAAAAAAAAGAUCUCUGAAAAGUGCAGGAAGAAGAACACCUGCCCUCACUGUGGAGCUUUUAAUGGCACUGUUAAGAAGUGUGGCUUACUAAAAAUAAUCCAUGAAAAAUACAAGACCACUAAGAAGAUGGACCCCAUCGUCUCUAACUUCAUACAGUCAUUUGAUAUUGCUAUAGAACAUAAUAAAGAGAUUGAAUCCUUGCUGGGAAAAGCCCAGGAGAACCUGAAUCCCUUGGUGGUUCUGAAUCUAUUGAAGAGAAUUCCAGCAGAAGAUGUUCCGCUGCUUUUGAUGAACCCUGAAUCGGGUAAACCUUCUGACAUGAUCCUGACCCGACUCUUGGUUCCCCCACUGUGCAUACGGCCUUCUGUGGUGAGCGAUUUAAAAUCUGGCACCAACGAGGAUGACUUAACAAUGAAGCUAACAGAAAUCAUUUUCCUCAAUGAUGUGAUCAAAAAGCAUAGAAUAUCAGGAGCAAAAACUCAAAUGAUAAUGGAAGACUGGGAUUUCCUGCAGUUGCAGUGUGCUUUAUAUAUCAAUAGUGAACUGUCGGGUAUUCCUCUCAACAUGGCACCCAAGAAAUGGACCAGAGGCUUUGUUCAAAGACUGAAAGGAAAGCAGGGUCGGUUCAGAGGCAACCUGUCUGGUAAACGAGUAGACUUCUCAGGCAGAACAGUUAUCUCUCCUGACCCAAACCUGCGAAUUGAUGAAGUGGCUGUGCCUGUUCACGUUGCAAAAAUACUGACAUUUCCUGAAAAGGUCAAUAAAGCUAACAUAGACUUCAUGAGGAAAUUGGUCCGGAAUGGUCCAGAGGUUCAUCCUGGAGCCAACUUCAUUCAGCAGAGACACACGCAAAUGAAAAGGUUUUUGAAAUAUGGAAACCGUGAAAAGAUGGCUCAGGAACUGAAGUAUGGCGACAUUGUAGAGAGGCACCUUAUUGAUGGUGAUAUUGUCUUGUUCAACCGACAGCCGUCUUUGCAUAAACUCAGCAUCAUGGCUCAUAUAGCUAGAGUAAAACCCCACCGGACUUUCAGGUUUAAUGAAUGUGUCUGUACACCAUACAAUGCUGAUUUUGAUGGCGAUGAAAUGAACCUUCAUCUUCCGCAAACUGAGGAGGCCAAAGCAGAAGCACUUGUUCUAAUGGGGACUAAAGCAAACUUGGUAACUCCAAGAAAUGGAGAGCCCCUGAUUGCUGCAAUUCAAGAUUUCCUUACAGGUGCCUAUCUACUCACUUUGAAAGACACUUUUUUUGACCGAGCUAAAGCCUGUCAGAUUAUUGCCUCUAUCCUGGUUGGCAAAGAUGAAAAAAUUAAAGUGCGCCUUCCACCUCCAGCAAUCCUCAAGCCUGUUACACUGUGGACGGGGAAGCAGGUCUUCAGCAUAAUUUUAAAGCCCAGUGACAGUUGCCCUGUCAAGGCCAAUCUCCGAACCAAGGGCAAGCAGUAUUGUGGCAAGGGAGAAGACUUGUGCAACAACGAUUCCUAUGUUACCGUCCACAAUAGUGAGCUGAUGUGUGGCAGCAUGGACAAGGGAACUUUGGGCUCUGGAUCGAAGAAUAAUAUCUUCUAUAUUUUGCUGAGAGACUGGGGACAAGUGGAAGCAGCUGAUGCUAUGUCACGACUAGCCAGACUUGCUCCUGUCUACCUCUCUAAUCGAGGGUUUUCCAUUGGAAUUGGUGAUGUAACCCCUGGCCAGGGUUUACUGAAAGCAAAAUAUGAACUUUUGAAUGCUGGUUAUAAGAAAUGUGACGAAUAUAUUGAAGCUUUGAAGACUGGAAAGCUACAGCAACAGCCUGGCUGUACAGCAGAAGAAACACUAGAGGCGCUGAUUCUGAAAGAGCUGUCUGUGAUUAGAGACCAUGCUGGGAGUGCCUGUCUUAGAGAACUAGAUAAGAGUAACAGCCCCCUCACCAUGGCUCUUUGUGGUUCUAAAGGCUCUUUCAUUAACAUAUCCCAGAUGAUUGCUUGUGUCGGACAACAAGCUAUUAGUGGGUCACGAGUGCCUGAUGGCUUUGAGAACCGAUCCUUGCCUCAUUUUGAGAAGCAUUCCAAGCUUCCAGCAGCUAAAGGUUUUGUUGCCAACAGCUUCUAUUCUGGCUUGACACCGACUGAAUUUUUCUUCCACACAAUGGCUGGUCGUGAAGGUCUCGUGGAUACAGCUGUAAAAACAGCUGAAACUGGAUACAUGCAGAGACGCCUGGUAAAGUCACUAGAAGAUCUGUGCUCACAGUAUGACUUGACUGUCAGGAGUUCUACUGGUGACAUUAUACAGUUCAUUUAUGGUGGGGAUGGUCUAGAUCCUGCAGCCAUGGAAGGAAAAGAUGAACCUCUGGAAUUCAAGCGUGUUCUGGACAACAUCAGAGCAGUGUAUCCAAGUCGAAGUGAGCCAGCACUCAGUAAAAAUGAAUUGGUGUUAACUUCUGAAUCCAUCAUGAAGAAGAAUGAAUUCCUUUGUUGCCAGGACAACUUCUUACAGGAAAUUAAAAAGUUCAUCAAAAAUGUGUCUGAGAAAAUCAAGAAAACCAGAGACAAGUAUGGCAUUAAUGACAAUGGUACAACAGAGCCAUAUGUUUUAUACCAGUUGGACCGGAUCACUCCAUCCCAGCUGGAGAAGUUUCUGGAGACCUGUAGAGAAAAGUACAUGAGGGCACAGAUGGAGCCUGGUUCUGCAGUGGGUGCUCUGUGCGCUCAGAGCAUUGGUGAGCCUGGCACGCAGAUGACACUGAAAACAUUCCAUUUUGCUGGUGUUGCUUCAAUGAACAUCACACUAGGAGUGCCAAGGAUCAAGGAGAUCAUCAAUGCCUCCAAAGCAAUCAGUACCCCAAUUAUCACGGCACAUCUUGACACUGAUGAUGAUCCAGACUUUGCCCGGUUGGUUAAAGGAAGAAUAGAAAAGACACUCCUUGGAGAGAUUUCAGAAUAUAUUGAAGAGGUUUUCCUGCCUGAUGACUGCUUUAUCCUUGUCAAGCUUUCUUUAGAACGGAUUAGAUUGCUGAGGCUGGAAGUUAACGCAGAGACGGUGCAGUAUUCUAUUUGUGUCUCAAAGCUGCGGGUAAAGCCUGGGGAUGUGGCUGUCCACGGUGAGGCUGUUGUGUGUGUUACUCCCCGGGAGAAUAGCAAGAGCUCAAUGUACUAUGUCUUGCAGUCCCUGAAGGAAGAACUACCAAAGGUGGUUGUGCAGGGUAUCCCAGAGGUCUCUCGUGCUGUCAUUCACAUUGAUGAACAGAGUGGAAAGGAGAAAUAUAAACUGUUGGUAGAAGGUGACAACCUGCGAGCUGUCAUGGCCACACACGGUGUUAAAGGAACAAGAACAACCUCUAACAACACUUAUGAGGUUGAGAAGACUUUGGGCAUUGAAGCUGCUCGAACCACCAUUAUUAAUGAGAUACAGUACACAAUGGUGAACCAUGGUAUGAGCAUUGACCGGAGACAUGUGAUGCUGCUGUCUGAUCUGAUGACGUAUAAGGGUGAAGUUCUGGGCAUUACUAGGUUUGGCCUGGCAAAAAUGAAGGAGAGUGUAUUGAUGCUUGCUUCUUUUGAAAAGACAGCUGACCACCUCUUUGAUGCGGCAUACUUUGGGCAGAAGGAUUCAGUGUGUGGUGUUUCUGAGUGCAUCAUUAUGGGUAUUCCAAUGAACAUUGGAACCGGACUUUUCAAGCUGCUGCAUAAAGCUGAUAAGGAAGCAAGUCCCCCAAGAAGACCCUUAAUUUUUGAUAAUCCAGAUUUCCAUAUUCCCCUUACUACAUAGCAUCUGGACAGCACUGAAUUACAAGCAGAUGGUGUACUCUAAAUGAGAGCAUAUCUGUGUCUCUCUAAACAUGGUUAGGAAGCUGGGUACAUGAGAGGUCAUGACGUGCUCAACUGAUCCACCACUGAUGCUGGUGCUUAUCUUCUCUUGUUUUAAUCCGCAGAGCUGAUGAUGUUUGGUUUUGAAAAAAAGAAUUUUCCCUUCUACUUUGGAGAGCCAUAACAGAUUGCAGGAACCCAGAUCUCUCUGAAAGGGAAUGUGCUUAAUGUUUAUUUGGAUUUACAUUGGAAGCUCAAACUAUGGCAAUAGGAACAUUUUGCUUCUAACAGCUGUAGCAAACAUCUGUCAAAGCAUCCAAUGUACUUUCCAAUUUUAUCAAUGUUGGAUAAAAGGGAGGGGGACUUCAGUUGUUUUUUUGUAAUACAUUUCCUUUUUUGCAUUAAGUGUAUCUUUGCUUUUGCCAGUUAACUUUCGACAAAUAUGACAACCUAAGGGUGGAUGAUAUUGUAAAACUCAGUUCACCACAGGUUCAUCAUUAAAAAGAGACAGAUUGAGAAAUGGAAGUCCCUGUUAUCUCUUUUGGGUAGUAAAUUUCAAGGAGGACUUAAGUAGCAUUUUAAAACACAAGGGUUGGUAUUCAUUGCAGUGAAGAUUUUGUAAUACUGGAGAAUCAUAUGUAAUGGUAAUUUUAAUUAUUUUUAAAAAGAAAUUCACCAAGCAAUUCAGGCAUGAAAUACCUCUGCAGUUUAAUAAGUGCAGUACAGUGCAUGUUAAUGAUGAGCUAAUGGCAAAACCCCAAAUUGAAGUGACCUAAGGGCAAGAUUGUAAGGCAACAUCCGUUUUGGUCCUGGAUUGGCUGGAUUUUGGUCCCACUUAAGCUUGUGGGAAUGGUCAGAAUGAGGGCAGUGGGUACACAUCUUUUGGGUACCAUCAGUGUUAGGAGCAAGCAUGUAUGUUUUGGGAAAAUGGAAUUACUUUUUAAAUUUAUUAGCAGGCUAAUCUACACCUGGCAACAGACCAUGUGUUUGCUAUAGUUUGUGUUUCCAGCCUGGGAGUUUAAGUAAUUUUAUUCUUGAGCUGCUAAUUCGUUGGUUCAUUCUGUCAAAUCCCAGGGAAUGAGGCAGUAUCUGAAUCAGGAAGCAAGAGUAUGCAUAUUCCCCUCUCCCCCAACAUUUAAGGAAAGCUUUGUGUUGCAUGGGAAACUCUUUUUUAUAUACUGGAUGUGAAUAAAGAUACAUGAAUAAAUAAACAUUUUUCCC